AUGGACCCUUUCACCUGGAUCGGUGCAAUUUCGGGAGUCCUUCAAAUCGCUCAAGUCAUUUCCCAGACAACUGCGGGUUUAGUCAAGUUGAAAGGGAGAUUCAGCAAUGCCGAUCUCACCAUCCAGUCACUCAUCGGAGAGCUAUCAAUUAUCGAAUCGGCUUUGACUCACCUAGAGGACUGGGCCAAAUUCAACGCCCGUGGACCGACUAAAUCUGAGGAGUACAUUGAAGGAUUGAAUGUCGCACUGGAUGGCUGCCGAGCGGUUAUGGAGGUUCUUUCGGAAGAGGUAGCGUCCCUCGUCCAAAACAUAGCAGGACAGGACUCUGUUGUUGGAUUCAGAGCUCGCGUCAAAGUGGUUUGGAAUGAGGACGUCAUGCGAGGUCACCAGGAAAGACUCCAUGCGCAGGUGGUGGCCUUGCAAUUGCUCCUACAGGCAUGCCAAUGUCGCUCAUCAUCCGAGCAAGUCGAGCUGCUCCGGAGAGCGGAAAACCGCCAGAUCAUCAAAAAAGUCGCGGAUGAUACGGCCACUCUUCGGGGCUCCAGCUACGCAGGUUCCCACGCACACGGUUCGAGUUGGAGUUUUUACCAGCCAUCCGUCAGCAACGCCGCUUCUGAUUUGGACCGAGUGCUUGCCCCUUCUCCUUCAAUCCGUUAUGCAGACCAACACUUCCGUUCAAAAUCGGACAUAGAUGAAGGCUAUGCAAGUGCAGCCACUACCAGUCGCAGCUACUCGCAGACGGGUGGCUUCUCGGUGCCGCUUCGCCCCAACGACUCGAUCGUUCUGAGGAAUGGUCACAGCACGAGCGUCACAUUGCAACAUGCUCCGCGCCAGUACAGCCAGAGUCAAGUUCGACGAUCGCAAUCGGAUUCAAACCCACCAUCAAGUGCUCGUCCUCCGUUGGGGUCCAAGCGCGAGAAGAUACGUUCGGUCUUGCGACAAUUCAGUCGAAGCAGCCUAACAUCAAGCUCUUCAAGGUCGCCUGGUUUAAGCCCUACGGCAUCAAGAGUAGCACGACCUGUUGACGAAAAAGAUCUCAAGACGAGCAUUGACCUCACCACUCCUGAAGGGGCUACAGCUCCUUUGAUCGUGAAACUAGCUCAGUCAGGAGGUUUGGCUGACAUUGAGAUGCUUAUAGAAAGUGGGCAUGGAGUUGAGACACGGCAUCUGAGUACUCGCAGGACAGCACUAUUGGUGGCAGCGCACUGUGGUAACGAGGCAGUGGUCAAUCUGCUUAUUCAGAAGAAUGCGAGACUUGAUGCUGUGGAUGCCUGGGGUUCUACGGCUCUCCAUCUAGCAGCUUCACGUGGCCAUUUUGACGUCCUUCAGCUGCUUCUUCUGGAGCAAUUGGACCCCGAGGCACGAGAUGCCCGGGGCAGGACAGCGCUUUGGCUAGCGGCUGGUCGAGGCCAGCUUGAAGCCACCCGCUUGUUGAUCGCUCACCAUGCCAAGGUAAAUGUGCGAGCGGAAAAUCAUACGACGCCACUGCAUGCUGCAGCAAAGCGAGGGGAUGAAGCAAUUGUAGAGCUUUUAAUAUCGUGUGGCGCAGAUUUAGAAGCAAGAGAUGGUGCAAUGAUGACAGCGUUGCACUAUGCAUGCGAAGAAGGUCAUCUAGGCGUGAUGAAACUGCUCCUGGAUAACAAAGCAAAUAUCAACACACUUGGAAGUGAUCGGAGGACGCCGCUCAUCUGCGCCGCAGCAAUGGGGAGAUUUCUGGUGGCGCAGGAGCUGCUCAGACGUAAAGCCUCGACUCAAUGUGUGGAUGAUGCUUCCAUGACUGCGGUACACUGGGCCGCGUUCAAUGGACAUACCGAGAUUGUGGAUCUCCUGAGUCAGAAGAAGGGCGUACUGGCAGCAACCAACAAACUAGGGCGAACAGCACUACACCUUGCGGCCAUGAACUCGCGUUUUGCGGUGAUAGAGCUGCUUGUGCGCAGGGGUGUACCGGUCGACACACGAUGCCAGGACGGUCUGACCCCUCUCCAUUACGCCUGUUUGGCGAACAGCCUUGAGAUUUCCAGACUACUGCUCAUCAGUAACGCGAACAUCGAGGCGCAGACAGAGAUCGACCAGCGGAGACCCAUUCACAUCGCAGCCGCUCGUGGAUCAAUGAAUAUGCUCAAUUUGCUUUGUGACAAGGGAGCCUCACUGGAGGCUAGAGAUGCCAAGGGUGACCGGGCUCUCGGAGUCGCUUGUCGCCACGGCCACGCAGCAGCCGUUCAAAACCUCCUUGGUCGAGGUUGCCCCUUGUACUUGGCAUAUGAAACCAGGCCACAGGAAGAUUCCCCACUGUGUCUGGCAGCGAUGGGGGGCCAUCUCGCCGUAGUAUCCCUUCUCCUUCAGCACGGUGCAUCCGUCGUGCGGAAAGACGAGUCCGGAUGGCAGCCACACCAUUACGCUGCGUAUCAUGGACAUCCUGACGUUCUGGCCCUGUUGCUUCAACGUGGGCCUGCAUCGGCGAACGAUGGGACUAGCUUCGGCCUCGACGCCGCAGGAAUCGGCUUCGCUCCUCAUGCGAUCAUCUCGGAGGAGCGGAAGGAGCAAGUCCGGCGGUUGUUGCACCGAGAUAGCAGGCAACUCGCCGCGCAGGCCCAGAUCUCUGCUUUCCAGCCCCCUCCAGCUGUAGGAGGAACACUCCAUGGCACGGCAAUAGCCCCUCAGCUAUCCUUGACGAUUCGGUCUCCAGAGCCCUGCGCUGAGCCCUCGGCCAUGGCACCUCAAGAGCUGCCUGUUACCCUCGAGCAAGGACUGCCCCCGAGCCGGUCCGCUACACCAGAGCAUAUGCGCGGAGGAAGACGCACCAGCAUAGGUAGAGCUGCCCGUCAACUUGAGCCCAGUGUUUCUUACACUGGGGCUACUUCGGAGCCUUGGUUCGACUACUCUUUGCCGUACUGGAGGGGCUCUCCAGUUUCUGCUGUUCGUGAAACUGAGACUGAGGUCGAAGUACUCGCACCACAACCAAGUCGGGGGACGACAUCAGAGGUACCGGUGCUAUCCACAUUCGAUUCCGUUGACCCUGGCUGUCGUUAUGUGGUCGAGGAUGUAGAUUCCUACUAUGGACCUGAAUACACCUGCACCAUCUGCCGGAGCCAGUUUGACUACCUGUCCGAAGUGGCCGAGCACUGUCAAUGGGACCACUUCUGGUGUGGGCGAUGUGAACGGGUCUUCGUCUCAGAGGCUUCCAAACGCGAUCAUUUGCGGAACUCGCAUCGGCAUCAUAUUUGCCAUCUCUGCGAAUUCGAAGUGGACUUUCCGUCUCAGCGCGACUUGGAAGACCACCUGGAUGAACAGCACUGCUUGUGCGAACCAUGCAGAAGAUACUUUCCCUCGGCCUACGAGUUGGGCCAGCAUGAUAUACAAUGCCACAACUGGUGCAAUAUCUGCGACCGGUACUUCUCCAACGAGAACAAUUACCGCAUGCACCAACGCUCGCACGACGCGCGUGACGAAGAAUGCUUCGGCUGCUACCGGGCAUUCGGAUCAUUCUCUGCCAUGCUGAUCCAUCUCGAAGCGGGCAAUUGCGCAAAGGGCGUGGGGCUUAGUGACAUUCACGAGAUGGCGUUCGAGUGCUACCAAGCCCAAUGA